GGUCCCAGUUUCGUGAUGGAGCCGCCGUCGAGGGUGGAAUUUUCAAAUUCGAGCGGCGCCUGGCUGGACUGCACCGCUACUGGAAGCCCUCCGCCCAACAUCGAUUGGUCGACCGCGGACGGACAUCCGGUGAACGACGUACCGAGCGUACGGAGGGUGCUCAGGAACGGCACGUUGGUCCUUUUGCCGUUUGCGGCCGCCGCGUUCCGGCAGGAUGUGCACAGCGCGGCCUACAGAUGUGUGGCGAGCAAUUCCGUCGGCAGAGUGCUCAGCCAUGAUGUGCAGGUCAGGGCAGUGGUGGCCCAGGCAUACAAAGUCGACGUGGAAGUGGUCGAAGGUGCAUCGAGGGGCUGCACCGCAGUGUUACGAUGCGUCGUUCCUAGCUUCGUGAAAGAUUUGGUGCGCGUAGUGUCCUGGUUACAGGAGCCCUCAUUCUACAUUUAUCCUUCUCUGCAAGGAGACGGAAAGUUCCACCUUCUGCCUACCGGCGAUCUUCUGGUCCACAGCCUCGAGUUCAGCGAUCAGAUACACGGUUACAGAUGUCGAACGAUGCAUCGUCUCACGAGACAGGUGGUCGUCAGUUCCGUGGCGAACAUCAGGAUAGCAGAUCACAGAGGGGUGAUGCCUCCGGUGAUCCUUGAAAGCUCCGGCGUGGUUCACGUCGCUCAAGAUGAAUCAACGUCGUUAGUCUGCGUGGCGAAGGCCUGCCCUACUCCCGAAUAUCGAUGGUACGCACAAACCGGUUCCGAGCCAAUGCUGGUACUUUCUGGACCAAGAACCAGACUGCUCGGAUCCGUGCUGGCCCUCGAAGCUGUGACGCUGGAAGACAGCGAUACCUAUCGAUGCUCCGCUUCUAAUCCUGGUGGCGAAGCUAGCGCAGAAAUUCGGCUCAUCGUGACCGCUCCAUUGCACGUAGAAGUAACGCCACCGUUGCUGAGUGUCCACUUAGGGGGUAACGCUGAAUUUACAUGCGAGGUCAGCACACAUCCACAGGCUGGACCACACUUUAUUACCUGGUACAAGGAUGGUCGCCAGCUUCCGGGAACCGGCAGACAAUCGAAAUUAUUGAGACUGAACGGCAUCAGCAGGGAAGAUCGUGGAAUGUAUCAAUGUAUAGUCAGACGAGGGGAAAGUGACACUGCACAGGCCUCGGCGGAACUACAAUUGGGCGAUGCGCCACCGAUGCUCCUCUACUCGUUCAUCGAGCAAACGUUGCAACCGGGACCAGCUGUAUCCUUGAAGUGCUCCGCCGCUGGGAAUCCAACACCGCAGGUCUCCUGGGCCUUGGAUGGCUUUCCAUUGCCCAUCAACGGAAGGUUCGUCAUUGGUCAAUACGUGACAGUCCACGGCGAUGUCAUCUCGCACGUCAAUAUCAGCCACGUGAUGGUCGAGGACGGAGGGGAAUAUUCUUGCACCGCCGAGAAUCGGGCUGGAAAAGUCACUCACGCCGCUCGACUCAACGUUUACGGUCUUCCGUACAUUCGACUGAUUCCAAAGGUAACAGCCGUCGCCGGAGAGACUCUACGCUUGAAGUGUCCAGUAGCCGGCUACCCUAUCGAAGAGAUCAAGUGGGAACGAGCGAAUCGCGAGCUGCCGGACGAUCUUCGGCAGAAAGUGCUCACGGAUGGUACUUUGGUCAUCACGAGCGUGCAGAAGAAAGGGGACGCAGGAGUGUACACCUGUUCGGCGAGGAACAAACAGGGACACAGCGCGAGAAGAUCAGGAGACGUCGCAGUGAUCGUUCCUCCCAAAAUUAGCCCAUUCACGGCAGAUCGUGAUCUCCAUCUCGGCGAACGAACCACGUUGACUUGCUCAGUGACAAGGGGCGAUCUGCCGUUGUCGAUCUCGUGGCUAAAGGAUGGACGAUCGAUGGGACCGUCGGAGCGAGUCAGUGUCACCAAUAUGGACCAGUACAAUAGCAUACUGAUGAUUGAAAGUUUAUCUCCAGAUCACAACGGCAACUACUCGUGCGUGGCCCGUAAUCUGGCCGCAGAGGUAUCACACACGCAGCGGCUUGUGGUUCAUGUGCCUCCGCGAUGGAUCGUCGAGCCCACGGACGUCAGCGUCGAGAGAAACAAACACGUUGCUCUACAUUGUCAAGCGCAGGGUGUGCCUACGCCUACCAUCGUUUGGAAAAAAGCCACGGGAAGUAAAUCCGGUGAAUACGAGGAGUUGCGGGAACGGGCGUACACGAAAAUCCUCAGCAACGGUACGCUGUUAUUGCAACACGUGAAAGAAGACAGAGAAGGAUUUUAUCUCUGUCAAGCUAGCAACGGCAUUGGUAGCGGUAUCGGGAAGGUGGUCCAGCUGAAAGUAAACUCAUCUCCAUAUUUCGCGGCACCGUCGAGACUCGUCACCGUGAAGAAAGGCGACACCGCGACGUUGCAUUGUGAGGUGCACGGCGACACGCCAGUCACCGUCACUUGGCUGAAAGGCGGAAAAAUUGAGUUAAAUCCCUCGACGAACUAUCGGGUCACGGUGAAACGAGAGGUGACACCAGACGGUGUGAUAGCACAGCUGCAGAUUUCUUCCGCGGAAGCGUCUGACAGCGGCGCCUAUUUCUGUCAGGCGAGCAAUCUUUACGGUCGUGAUCAGCAACUGGUGCAACUCCUCGUGCAAGAGCCACCGCAGCCGCCAAAUUCCUUAGAAACAGCAAUGGUUGCCAGUCGAAGUAUCAACGUGAAGUGGCAGCAUAAAUCCCAAGACACCAGCGAAGUGACUAAAUACAUUCUUCAGUACAAAGAAGGCAACGCUGGAAUGUGGCAACAGCAAGAAUUCACCGGACCACCUUUACCAUACGCUGCAUUGAUAGACGAAUUAAAACCAGCGACCAGAUACACGAUACGCGUAAUAGCUGAAGGUCCGGCAGGUAGAUCAGUGCCCUCGGCGGAACUGAUUGUCAGGACCGAGCCACAAAGACCGGCUGGACCCCCGAUUAAUCUUGCAGCCAGGGCUCUGUCCUCCUCUGAAAUUUUAAUCACUUGGUCGCCACCGUUGCCUGAACUCCGACACGGUGACAUCCAAGGGUUCAAUGUUGGCUAUAGGGAAACAAGCUCGGUGAAUCUCUCGUACAACUUCAGCUCCGUGUCCGGGGACGGAGAAGAAGGGGGUGCAGAACUUCGUCUAACAGGUCUUCGACCCUACACAAAGUACACUUUGGUGGUUCAAGCGUAUAAUCAAGUCGGAUCUGGACCACUUUCUGAACCUUUGCUCACGCAAACGCUGGAAGACGUGCCAAGUAUGCCACCCAAAGACGUGAGAUGUGCUGCGUUAACUUCGCAAUCUCUUCAAGUAUCCUGGCAGCCGCCGCCUAACACGCAAAGCAACGGUAUUAUUCAGGGGUACAAAUUGCACUACGAACCAAUCUUGGCAGACAUAUGGCGCAGCGUCGACGAAAUGGAAGUGCGCAAGACCAGCGCUUUAACCACUGUCCUCACAGGAUUAAGAAAAUACACCAAUUACACCAUUCAAGUAUUAGCUUUCACGAGAGUUGGAGACGGAAUACCGACGACGGUGACUUACUGUCAAACAGAGGAAGAUGUGCCAGGUUGUCCAGCAGAUAUAAAAGUAGUAGUUAGCUCGCCACAAGCCCUCUUCAUCUCCUGGCUUCCUCCCUUGGAACCAAAUGGAAUUAUCACAAAAUACAAUCUGUAUACAAGAAUCGUAGACGGUCGUGAGGAACUGAAUCACGGUAAAAGAACACUGCCAGCAACGAGCACAUAUUUCGAAGCGACUGAUUUACAACAACACGUAGAAUAUCAAUUUUGGGUGACCGGUAGCACCCGUGUAGGAGAAGGUCAAAGUUCCAAAGUGGCUGAACAGGUACCGACGAAUCGGGUACCAGCUAGAAUCACGUCUUUCGGGGGUCACGUAGUGAGACCGUGGAGAGGAUCUGCUACUUUAGCUUGUAACGCGGUUGGAGAUCCUACUAGAGAGUGGUACAAGGGGCUGGCUGAACAAAUUCGUACAGACACGACGAGAAAUAUACAGAUCUUGCCUUCUGGAGAGCUCGUGUUGUCGAAUUUGCAAUCACAGGACGGUGGAAAUUAUACCUGCCAGGUGGAGAACGCUCAGGGAAGCGACAAGUUGCACUACACGUUGACUGUGCAAGUACCACCUAACGCUCCAGUUCUUUAUGUAACAAGUUCUACGUCGAGCAGUGUUCUGUUGCAUUGGAAACCAGGACACACUGGUGGUGCUCCACUUACAGGCUACACGUUGCACUAUCGGACGACUCAUGGUAAUCUGGAUGAAUUACAACUGUCUCGUCAUGCCACCAGUCACGAAUUAAAGGGUCUUCUCUGUGGUAACACAUACCAACUAUACUUAACGUCUCACAACAAAAUUGGAAGCAGCCCAUCGUCACCGGUCCUCUCGGUUCGAACUCAGGGCCAGGCACCAGGUAUACCUCCAGCUGCAGCUUUCCUCAGUCCAAACUCAACCACUCUAGUUCUUCGACUUCACGUGUGGCCUGACAAUGGCUGCCCGAUCCUCUACUUCGUGAUACAGUACAGGCCCAUCAACGAAUUCCACUGGACGUUAGUGUCGAACAGCGUGAAAAUGCAACGGCGGUUCGUCGUGACGAAUUUGCAACCGAGCUCGGUUUACCAGCUGAAAGUCGAGGCUCACAAUGUGGCUGGUAGCAAUCAGGCGGAAUUUACGUUCGUAACGUUGACGAAGGAAGGCGAACUCUCGAAACGCGGGAUUGCUUCAGCGGUUCCAUUCUACGCGGACGUGAAAGUGAUGCUGCCACUGAUCGUGGCCACCCUUGCACUAGUCGUCGCUGUGGUGAUCGUAGCCCUUCGCUGGCGAAGCAGAUAUCUCGGUGAGAGAAUGCAACGUGCCAUGAAAGAGUCCCAGGAGAACCAACAGAACGCAGAGACGCAAAGGGAACGUUACUACGCGACGAUUCACAAGGUGGCUUUACAACAAGCGGCGAAUACGGGCGGAGGGCCCGACAAGAUUCCAGAGACAGCGGAGGACAUCUCUCCGUACGCUACGUUCCAGCUUUCGGAGGGUGGCGGGGGAAGCCUGGCAGGGCUGGGAGGGCUGGGAGGACUGGGAAGCGCGGCGGAAGCUUCAGCGGCCGGCCUCCACCCGAACAACACUCUUCUACACAGUUUCAUGUAUCACGAGCACGCCAUGACCGAAGGGUGCGCCAGUCCUCCACCUGCCGCGGCGAGCAUGAAGAGCGUUUCGUCGAGGAGACGGCAGCAGAGAAAGCAACAAACUCCGGGCGACGUCGAGAGCGACGAGAGCGAGUCUGACCCGGAUCAACUUACGAGUUCUCGCACGGAGUCUUCCAACCAGCUGGACGCUGGAAAACUAAAACACAUUCGGGCCGUUUCCGAUUUCAUUUACCACGGUACGUCGAGCACUUCUUCAGACAUCUCACCCAUGUCAGAGCAGAAGUCACUACCUCGAAGAGGACGAUCUAGCAGGAGCUCACUACGCACACUAUUACCGCCGAUAUCGGUCGCGGAGACCACGUUCGUAGGAGGCAAUCAGGGGAACGUGGUGCCAGGUAACGGCGAUCGUUCCGAUCGGCCGGAGCUCAGCGAAGCUGAGUGCGACAUUGACUCCUUGAAGAAGCUGAAACUCGGAUUGAGGAGCUCCCUAUGGUCAAGGCCAAGCACCCAAAAUAAUCCUUCCUCCGAUUAUUCAAUCGCCGUUUAA